CCUCCACUUGUACCGUACAUCUUGAUGCUAUAUCCGUCACCGUUAGCCUAGCUCAUUCCGACCCACAAACUCACGACUCAAUCCAACUCCUCACCUCGACCUGUCCUUCGCAACGACUCGAUACUCGCGCACCCUCACUUUCGAGUGGUUCUUGCAUUCUGAGGUCACCUUCCGGGGCACACACACACAAGUCCAAGAUCCUUUAGCUGCAAGCGUAUGCUCAUAUUGCACUCUCACUAAGCUUUGGGGCACAACAUCGCACUUUCUCCUCAUCUGCCAGUCAUGUCGGCUCCUAUUGCCACGCGCAUAGCAAGGCUGGAUCCUCCCAGGACGGCGCUCUUUAUCUGCGAUAUGCAAGAGAGAUUUACUCGGGCUAUUCACAGGUUUGACGCGGUUGAGUCCACUGCUGCGAAGCUGAUCAAGGCUGCCAAUACGUUGGACAUACCCAUUUGGACGACUGAACAGGCUCCCAAGUCGCUGGGAUCGACGGUUCCUGGCCUAGCGGCACUGCCCAAACCAUCGACAAGCAAGACCGUCCCCAAGACGAGAUUCUCCAUGGUCUUGCCCUCUUUGAACGAGUGGUACUCAACUCUCAAAAAUGGCGCACCGACAGGAGUGGUGCUCGUUGGCAUAGAGUCGCAUGUAUGCAUCACACAGACAGCUUUGGACCUUCUCGAGCAGGGCAUCCAGGUCUGGAUACCUGCUGAUGGUGUGAGCAGCUGCAAUGCUGCCGAAGUACCGCUUGCGCUUGCGCGCCUGAAGGAAGCUGGCGCUAUCGUGACAACGUCCGAGUCCAUUCUCUUUGAGCUCAUCAAGGAUGCCGUGCAUCCAAAGUUCAAAGACAUUCAAGCUCUCAUUAAAGAGGAAAAGGCCAACACUACUGAGAAUUUGGAAGCGCUUUCGGGUGCUAGCGGAGAUGGCCAGUGCACCAUCAGCUAGGUCCUCUGAGCCCGCACUACCCAUACCGUCUCCACGUCACCUUACUCUGGUCUGCGAUCAUGCCUUCCCAAUCGAGUUCAUGCCGCCCUAGCUCGCUGGUCGCCGCC